CAAACAUUUCCCCCUUUUGCGCAUGCGUCAGAGAGCGCAGCGCCGGGUACACAAUGGAGUUGGAUGUUGAGAAACCAUGUCGACUUUAAAACGACAGUUAGCUUAUUAUGAAACAGUCCCGGAGGAGAAACGGAGCUGAGGCCGUCCGUCCGUCGACGCAUCCGCCCGGGGGAGAGCUGCUGGCUGACGGCGGAGCUCCGUCCGGGUUAGUUUAGCGCCUCUGCGGCCGCCGUUCAUGUCUUUGUCCCGCAGAGCCGCGAAGUAGUGACCGUCCGCUCUGAAGAAACGUCCACGGAAAAUGUCGGAGGUCAGCAGAGCAAAGAGGAAGGAGAAAUGUGAGAACUGCACCAAACAGUGCAACAAGAAACAAGCUGAUGGCGGAGCCAGUCCCGACCCAGAGAGAGAGGAAGAAGUCAACGGGCAGAGUGAGGGGUCGCAGCAGCAGCUGCUGCUCAGCGCCUGUCUGUCCUGUGAGGGCUGCGUGUCGGAGCAGGAGAGCCUGAAGAUCUCCCAGCAGAACCUGGAGGAGGUGGAGCAGGUUCUGGAGCUAAAUAAGAGGUGCGACGCCUCCAAACACCGGGUUCUGGUGGCGUCCGUCUGUCCGCAGUCUCUGCCGUUCUUCGCGGUGAAGUUCGGCGUGGACGUCCCUGAAGCCGCUCAGAGACUCUGCGGUUUCCUGAAGAGCAUCGGCGUGCAGUUCGUGUUGGACACCACGCUGGCUGCAGGGUUCAGCAUCCUGGAGACCCAGAAGGAGUUCAUCCAGCGGUACCGCCGGAGGCACCACGACUCCCACGCCCUGCCUCUGUUCACCUCCUCCUGUCCAGGAUGGAUCCGGUACGCGGAGCGGGUUCUGGGGAGUCUGGUCACCCCACACAUCUGCACCGCCAGGUCCCCCCAGCAGAUCAUGGGCGGUCUGGUCAAAGACUUCUUCUCCAAGCAGCAGAAGCUGAGUCCGGAGAAGCUCUUCCACCUGGUGGUGGCGCCGUGCUUCGAUAAGAAGCUGGAGGCGGUCCGAGAGGAGUUCUACAACAGCCUGAUGGAGACCAGAGACGUGGACUGUGUGCUCACCUCCAAGGAGAUUUACCACCUGAUGGAGCAGAGGAAGGUGUCCCUGGAGGAGCUGGACUCGGUUCCGCUGGACCAAGUGCUGGGGGAGGCAGACGGCGCUCUGGUGAGACACGACGGCCGAGGCUCCGAAGGAUUCCUGGAGCACGUGUUCAAACACGCCGCCAAGGAGCUGUUCGGUCUGGACGUCCAGGAGGUCACGUACAAAACGCUCAGGAACCGGGACUUCCAGGAAGUGACUCUGGAGCGUGACGGCGAAACGCUGCUGCAGUUCGCCGCCGUCUACGGCUUCAGGAACAUCCAGACUCUGGUGCACCGCAUGAGGAAGGGCCGCGUGCCGUACCAGCUGGUGGAGGUGCUGUCCUGCCCCGGCGGGUGCCUGAGCGGGCGUGGUCAGAGCGAGGAGGCGGGCCGCGUGGACCGGGCUCUGGUCCAGCAGAUGGAGGAGGUCUACAGCAGCCUGCCGGUCCGACUGCCGGAGCUCAACCCCGCCCUGAAGGUCCUCUACCAGGACUGGCUGCAGGGCCAGGACUCUCUGCAGACCAGCAAGCUGCUGCACACCGAGUACCGGAACCAGACCCACUCACAGCCCCCACACAUGCAGUGGUGACCUGCAGGGGGCGCCGUCCACCCAAGACCAGCUCGCUCCUUUUAAAUGAGAUUAUGGACCAGGAGGAGUUCACCCGUUUGACCACUAGAGGCGCUCCUGAGACUCUUUUAACUGCUGCAGAAACACGAUCAUGACAGAACAAAGAUGGAGAUCAAAGACCCGACUGUGAACUAUGCACCAGCGUCUGCCCCCGAGUGUUUGAUUCCUUCUGUUUCCCUUCAGUUCCACAAACCUGUUUUUUAUUAAGUUAUAUUUUGUGCUGAUUUGAAGGAACCAUAACCUUCACGCCUCCGACGGAAAGCAGUAAAAAUGUUUCGUCAGACAAACG